AUGACCGAUGAUGAUUCGCAUUCAAUUCAGUCGUAUGAACCAGAGGAACUAUAUGAUAAAAGAGAACUGUCGCGUAGAAGUUCGGACGCCGAUGGGCUGCAUGGGGGUUCGAUCAUCUCGCGGACUCAGACACAGAUCUCGCAGUUGUUGAGUGGGAACGCUGAGGAUAGACAGGAGGUUUUGAAUAUUAUAGACUCGCACAAGCAGGGUGUGGAAAGCGUUCUAUCACGAUAUGAAACUCACACUCACGGUCUGGGGCCCGUGGAACCGAUGUUAGAUGAGGAGCGUCCGGAGAAAUUCGUUGCGGCGCCGAAUACCGGUACUCAUGCGGAGGACAAGUGGCAGUAUCCCGUGGACGUCGAGACAGGGUUCCGCAUAGUGCAAUUUGUGGAGGACGACCGCGAUGAUCCGCGCUGUUGGAACAAGAGACAGAAGUGGAAUAUCACGAUACUUCUCGGUGUGGUCUGCUUCGACGUGGCGAUGAUGUCUGCGGUCAUCACCGGAGAUAUGACAUCACCGGCAAAGCAUUUCGGUGUCUCGAUGGAGGUGAUGUGUCUAUGUGUUUCGCUGAUGGUGUGGGGUUUUGGUAUUGGCCCGCUGUUUUUUGCUCCUUUGUCGGAAGAAUUGGGACGUAACUGGGUGUACCACACUACUUUGCUAGUCGCUGUUGUGUUUAUCGUCCCGUGUGCGGUGGCCAAGAACAUUGGUACGUUGCUGGCGUUUAGAUUCCUUGGUGGGAUUGCGUUCUCUGCUCCGAUGUGUUUGAUCGGCGGCUCCUUGAGUGAUAUGUGGAGGAACGAGGAGCGCGGUGUCGCUAUGUCCCUGUUUUCUGCUGCUCCAUUCCUUGGUCCAGUGAUGGGCCCAAUCGUUGGAUCUCUGCUCUCUGUCAAGGCUGGCUGGCGUUGGGUGUACUAUUUCAUGAUCAUUUUCAGUGGCUGUCUGUACGUAGUGCUGGUGAUGUUCCUACCCGAGACUCAUCACCAGACCAUUCUGAAGAGGAGGUCAAAAAAGCUACGGAAACUUACAGGUGAUCCCUCCUUUAGGGCCAUCUCAGAAAUCAAAGUGAGAUCGCUCAAAGAGAUUACAGAGGAUAGUUUGCUGAGACCCGUGAUUUUGCUGACUGAGUUGAUCGUCUUCUUAAUCACCCUGUACAUGUCGAUCAUCUAUGGUCUGCUAUACAUGUUCUUCUUCGCUUAUCCGAUGGUCUACAGCGAGGGCAAAAAAUGGGGUGAUAUCAAGACAAGUUUGAUGUUCAUCCCGUUGGGGGUCGGCGUCCUUAUCUCGACGGCAAUCUCGCCACUUCUGAAUAGGGACUACCUAAAGAGAGCUCAAAGAUACCUAGAUAAAGGAGAGUUACCGCCAGCAGAGCUAAGACUUAUCCCCAUGAUGAUCGGUUCCUGGUUCGUGCCAAUUGGUUUGUUUGCAUAUGCUUGGUCUUCGUUCCCCCAUGUCUCCUGGGCCGGACCCGCUUUCAGCGGCAUGGCUUGUGGAUUCGGGUUCCUGAUGCUUUACAACCCAGCGAACAAUUACAUUGUCGAUUCCUAUCAGCAUUAUGCUGCUUCCGGUCUGGCUGCCAAGACUUUUGUCAGAUCGAUGUGGGGUGGUGCUGUGCCUUUAUUUACCAUCCAAAUGUAUCACAGACUCGGCUAUGAAUGGGCCACUACAUUGAUGGCAUUCAUUUCCCUGGCCUGCGUCGCCAUUCCGUAUCUUUUCUACUACUUUGGUGCCAGAAUCAGAGAGAGAUCAAGAUACGCAUAUUCACCAGAAAUUAAUACAGUGAAAACAACUGUCAACGACGAAGAGAACGAUAGAUCUGCGCAAAAGGAGAUGCAACAAGCAAGUCUGUCUUCUUAG